AUUAAACAUUAUGGAUUUUUUUUUAAUUGAAAUAUUUUUUAUGAAUCCGUACAGUUGUGUGACAAAUUAAUAUUUUGUAUACAACUACCGACAGAUUAGCGAAGCUAAUUGGAACAGCCAAAUUAUCGAUCUUAUUAUUGUCGAAUUCUUAGAGUAAAUUCUAUCUCUUGUUACAUUACAAGAGAUCUUUGUUGUGCGACUUUGCUCCUCCGGCGAGUGCGUACAACUUGAAGGUUUACCAUGCGAAUCUUCCAAUAUAAUUUCUUACAUUUAUUUCUUGGAAUUUGUCAGCUUGGAUCUGUAUUUGCAACAAAAGAUGUUUCCGUUGGCAUCGGUGGUACCACGGUUGAGUCUCAGACAGACAAGCUUGUUGCACCUGGCCAAGAUAAUUUGGAAAGAAAAGAGUCUACGGCUGAGAAAUACAACUGUCCAGGUGCAUCAUUAGUCCAAGUGGACUUACUGAGACUUUCUUACGACUACUCCAUCGUUGACAUUGACAUUAUUCAACAUGUCAAGACAAAACUUAUCAUAAAAGAAAAACAGUCCUACAGCCGUGAAAUUGUUUUUGAUCUGGCUACAUCCUCAGACCAACCUCGAUCAAGGGUUCCUCAUCUGGAGCACCGCUUAAUAAAGAAAAAUGAUUCUUUAUUAUUACAAGUCACAGUUGGAUCUGCGGCUAGUUCUCAACCUUAUAAGAUCUCCAAUGUGGUUCUAGCAAUCACAAUCACAGCAGGAAUUCUGUUGUGCUUUUUGAUUAUGGUGUUACCUUAUCUAAGGAGGAUUUACAUUGAGGAUCAUGCACUAACCCAGGAUGAUAGAAGUGCUGUAUACGUUAUAAAUAAAGGUAAACAGGGAAAACUAAGCAAGCUACCAUCUGAACACAAAGAGAGAAGGAAAAUCAGGGAUCAUGUGGUAAGUCACUUAAUAAUUUCCACGGAUUAAUUAUUCCAGCAGCAACAGGUAUUGGUAAGAGCCAUG